AUGGCCGGGAACACUCAGGCUAUCGCCCAGCUCCUGCAGCAGAGUCUGGAUCCUCGUCACUCUAAGGAUGCCGAGGCCGCCAUCAAGCAGCAAGAGGGCACACAAGGCUUCUCGAUUGCCCUCCUCCAGAUCGUCGCCGACACCUCCAUACCCCAGACCUCGAGACUCGCCGCCGCCCUCUACUUCAAGAACUUCGUCCGGCGCAACUGGACCGAUGUGGAAGGCAACUACAAGCUGCCGGCGGAGGAGGUCGCCACGGUCAAGCAGGAGCUCAUUGGCCUCAUGAUCUCCCAGCCGCCGUCGAUACAGCCCCAGCUCGGAGAAGCCAUCAGCACGAUUGCUGAAAGCGAUUUCUACGAGCGGUGGGAGAGCCUUGUUGACGAUCUUGUGUCGCGCUUGACUGCCGACAACCCCGUCACCAACAACGGCGUGCUGCAGGUCGCACACUCCGUUUUCAAGCGCUGGAGGCCACUUUUCAGAUCAGAUGAUCUCUUCACUGAAAUCAACUUCGUGCUGGGCAAAUUUGCCGAUCCUUUCCUCCAGCUCUUCCAGAAUACCGAUGCGCAAAUCACCGCCAACGAAGGCAACAAGCCGGUUCUGCAGAGCUACUUCACUUCCCUUAACCUCAUCCUCAAGCUCGCCGUCGACCUCUCUUGCCAAGACCUGCCUCCGCAGUUUGACGAGAACCUCAAGGGCCUGAGCGCUUUGCUCCACAAGUAUCUUACCUACGACAACCCUGCACUACACACCGACGACGAUACGGAGGCCGGCCCUCUCGAAUUCGUCAAGGCUGGCAUCUUUGAGGUCUUGAUCCUCUACACACAGAAGUAUGAGGAUGAAUUUGGACAGUACCUGGGAAGCUUUAUCGAGAGCUCCUGGAACCUCUUGACCAACAUUGGCCAAGAGACAAAGUACGACAUUCUUGUCAGUAAGGCGUUGCAGUUCCUGACCUCGGUCACGUCGAACAAUGCCCACGCUCAACUCUUCAACAACGAGGCUACCCUCAACCAAGUCGUUGAGAAGGUCAUCCUGCCCAACCUGUCUCUUCGCGAAUCAGACGUUGAGAUGUUCGAGGACGAGCCCAUUGAAUUCAUUCGCAGGGAUCUGGAGGGCUCGGACAGCGACACUCGGAGACGUGCUGCGACCGACUUCCUACGCCAAUUGAUGACACAGUUCGAGGGUCUGGUUACCGGCGUGGUGAACCAGUACAUUGACAGGUACCUCCAACACUAUGCGCAGAACAAAGCGGAGAACUGGAAGUCCAAGGACACGGCCGUCUAUCUCUUCUGCUCCAUCGCUGCUAAAGGAACAUCCACGGCCCAGUUUGGUGUAAAGACUGUCAACAGCCACGUCAACAUUCUGGAUUUCUUCCAAAGGAACAUUGCUGAAGACCUCACUGCUGAUAGUGUUGAACCGAUCCUUAAGGUCGACGCAAUCAAGUACGUCUACCUCUUCCGCAGUCAGCUUACCCCGGAGUAUUGGCAAGCCGCUUUCCCCCUCCUCGUCAGACACCUCGGCGUCUCCAACUUUGUCAUUUACUCUUACGCUGCUAUUGCGGUCGAGCGUGCGUUGUACCUCACCAACGACAGUCGGCAACCUGUCAUUCCGAGGGACACUGUCGCACCCUUGGCAAAGGAUUUGCUCGUACACCUUUUCGGUCUGAUUCAAAAGGAGUCGGCUCCGGAGAAGAUUCAGGAGAACGAGUUCUUGAUGAAGUGCGUAAUGAGAGUGCUCAUCGUCAUCAAGGAUGGCGUUCUGCCUAUCACAGACACGGUGCUCAAGAACUUCAUCAACAUCACCAUGGUCAUUCGCCACAACCCCAGCAACCCUCGCUUCUACUACUACCACUUCGAGGGUAUCGGGGCACUCAUCAGGGGAGCAGCGCCUUCGGAGCCCCAGAAGCUGGAGACGGCCCUUUACGAACCUUUCUCGACGGUUCUUCGUACUGAGGUCGAAGAAUUCACGCCCUACGUCUUCCAGCUUUUCGCAGCUCUGCUUGAGGCAAACCCGUCGGGCGUGCUCCCUGAGUACUACAAGUCGCUGAUCCCCCCGCUCUUGAUGCCCGUUGUAUGGGAGAACAAGGGUAACAUUCCGGCUUUGGUCCGCCUGCUGUCCGCCAUGGUCGGCCGUGACCCCGCCAGCAUCGUUCAGAACAACCAACUUGAGCCCAUGCUUGGUAUCUUCCAGAAGCUCGUGUCCACCAAGACGAACGAGGCCCAUGGCUUCGAUUUGCUGGAGGCGAUUGUCGCUGCAGUUCCGGCGGACAACUUGAAGCAGUACUUUGUGCCUAUGCUCACGAUUAUGCUUACACGGUUGUCCGGCUCGAAGACCGAGACUUUUGCCUCUCGCUUUGUGCGUUUCUACCACUUCGUUGCUGCGCGUGACGACAAGGGUUUGGGCUCGGAUUUCUUCAUCAGCGCCGCCGACAACGUUCAACAGGACGUGUUCCGCCCGAUCUACCCUCAAAUAAUCCUGCCCGACACCCAAAAACUCACGCGGCCCUUCGACCGCAAGACGGCCGUCGUCUCCCUCACCAAGACGCUCACCGACGGCCAGGCCUUCAUCGAGCGCUACAAGAAGGGAUGGCCUCUGACUUGCGAGGCCCUCCUGAAGCUCCUCAUCAACCCGCCCGUCGCGCCCAGGAGCGACGACAUCAUGCCCGAACAGGACGUCGACGACCUGGGCUUCGGCGUCGGCUUCACGCAGCUGAACACGUGCCGCAAGGCCGCCGUGGACCCCUUUCCCGAGAUCACCGACGUCAAGCGGUGGGUCGGCGAGUACCUGCGGCAGGCCGACCAGCGGAACGGCGGCAGGUUGAGCGCCUUCGUGCAGGAGAGGCUGAGCGACGAGGCCAAGCAGGCGUUGGUGGCGACGAUGCAGGGUUAG